AUGCCUAAGAUACCAUAUAAACCUGAAAAGGGUCGAGAAGAAGAUGAGGAUUAUGAAAUCGUAUCUUUUGAAGACUUUUGCGAUAAGCCACCAGGAACGAGUACUGAUCUAUUGACUUUAAAUGACAAUAUAAACUAUCGACUUCAUUAUGAAAGCGACAAAGCUUCAAAAUUCGCUGAAGCCGGUGAGCCAUCAACUCGAGAUAUUGGAAUGCACACAGAAACUUCUUUAAACGGUCCCAAAAAUGCGUCGUACAAAAGAAAAUUGUCCUUUGCACCAUUCGGAAGAAGCGAUAAAAAUAAUCGCGGUCCAUUAUUUAGUGGUGUCAUACCGAAACCUAGAAAUGAAGGGGAAUCUAGGGAACACAGAUAUGAACGUUUCUCUCCGCGUGGCGGUUGGCUAGCGCGUACUUGGGAACAGCUAGGGAAUUUGCUACCUGGGAUGCUAGCCACAGCUUUGUUGUGCGCGUUAUGCGUGGGCGCAUGGUGGGCGGUGGGCGGAGCUCUAAGUGGCAGCUGGGGAGAUGAUCAUUACAGACGUCUCUACGAACGCGCUCAUCCAGAUGAUAUAAAAAAACCACUGUCGCCUGUGAUUGAGAAGAUUAUACCAACUGAAAACCGAUACCAUGACCACAACAAUUUGUCUACCAAGAACAAGAAUAUCACAGAAGCGGCUUAUAAGAAGGAUAAUAAGAAAAGUGACUAUAGCGAUUUAGAUCAUCAGUGUGGUGAUGUAUCAGACAACAUGAGGUUCGACUGUCACCCGCAAGGGGGCGCCAGUGAGGAAGCUUGUACACAACGAGGUUGUUGUUGGAGCUCAACCGCUGUACAGGGUGCUCCAUACUGCUACUACCCCAAACACUAUCCAAGCUAUCGUUUCGUGAACAGCACAGAAAAUAAACACAGCAUGACUGUGUACUACACUCACGGAUUGGACACAGGCUACCCGGGACAAUGGGGUACUGUGAUGAUGACCUUUAACUACCUAGCCGAUGAUGUACUGCAAAUAAAGAUAUCGGACGCAAACAACAAGAGGUUCGAACCCCCGUACCCCGAGGUGCCGGUGGUGUCUGGUCGUGUGUCCAGCUUACAGUACCGGGUGCUCGUUGACAGCAGCACGGUCGGUUUCAAGGUCAUGAGGACAGACGACAACGUCACCCUAGUCGAUACACAGAACGUGGGUGGUUUGAUAUUAUCGGAGAAAUUUCUUCAGUUAUCAUCAGUACUGCCUACGGACCAUGUUUACGGCUUGGGAGAGAAACAGGCGCCGCUCAUGAAUAACUUCAACUGGAACACAUUUACACUAUUCAACAGCGACAUGCCGCCUAUAGAGAAUAAAAGUCUCUAUGGAACUCAUCCUUUCUAUUUGGCGUUGGAAAGAAGUGGGAAAAGUCAUGGUAUGCUCUUGUUGAAUUCGAACGCUAUGGACAUAGUCCUGCAGCCUUCUCCUGCUAUAACAUAUCGCUCGGUGGGCGGAGUCCUAGAUUUCCUGGUAAUGAUGGGUCCUUCGCCCUCACAAGUCGUGUCUCAACUCACGAGCCUCAUAGGCAGACCCUUCAUGCCGCCGUAUUGGGCGCUGGGAUUCCAUUUGUGCAAAUAUGACUACGGCAGUUUGAAAACGACCAGGGAGGUGAUGCAGAGGAACAUAGACGCCGGGAUACCGCUGGACGCCCAGUGGAAUGAUUUGGACUAUAUGAGUACUGCAAACGACUUCACAUACGACAAGAAGAAAUACGAAGGACUGCCGCAGUUCGUUAACGAGAUACAUCAGAAGGGAAUGCACUAUGUAGUGCUUGUUGAUCCUGGUGUGAGCGCCUCUGAAACUCCCGGCAGCUACCCGCCCUUCGACCGAGGGUUGGAGAUGAACGUGUUCGUGAAGAACUCCACCGAUCAACCCUUUGUGGGGAAGGUUUGGAAUCCAAAGUCGACAGUGUGGCCAGAUUUCACUAACCCUAACGCGUCGAUUUACUGGAAGGAAAUGUUGGCAGAGUUUCAUAAACUGGUUAAAUUUGACGGAGUGUGGAUCGAUAUGAACGAGCCGUCCAACUUCCUGUCAGGGUCUAUGUACGGUGAAUGUGAGCCGGAGGACCUUCCGUACAGCCCGGCGGAGAUACCUCAAGAGGGUCUCAAGUAUAAGACCUUGUGUAUGGACGCCAAGCAUUACGUUGGAAAGCAUUAUGAUGUACACAACGUCUACGCUAUGGCGGAGGCCGUUAUCACAUUCAAUGCGAUGCGUGAGGUCCGCGGUAAACGUCCGUUAGUGUUGUCUCGAGCGUCCAGCCCCGGUCUGGGGAAAUUCGCUGCCCACUGGAGCGGAGAUGUCUACAGCAAGUGGCACGACCUAAAGAUGUCCAUACCUGCGCUGCUGAGUUUUAGCUUGUUCGGCGUGCCACUGAUGGGUUCCGACAUCUGUGGUUUCAUCGGCGAUACUUCUGAAGAACUUUGCAAGAGAUGGAUGCAGCUUGGUGCCUUUUAUCCAUUCUCAAGGAACCAUAAUUCCAAUGAUGCUAAGCCUCAAGAUCCAGUUGCCAUGGGUGCAGAAGUAGUGAGAGCAAGUAGAAUAGCGCUCCGCACGAGAUACAGAAUGCUGCCAUACUAUUACACGCUGUUCUGGAAAGCCCACGUGGAGGGGGAAACGGUCGCCAGGCCGCUGUUCAUGGAGUUUCCGUCGCUAAGUAAAGUCCAUUCAAUCGACGAGCAGUUCAUGUUGGGUCCUCACGUGUUAGUGAGUCCUAUAUUGACUCCCGGGAACUCGACCACAGCGUUGUUCCCCUCAACCACGUGGUACAGCUUCUUAGAUGGAAGAUAUCUGGCUAAAGAUCGAUGGAUGGAAAUAGGAGAAGGGGAUAUCAUAUCCAUUAGGGCGGGUGCGAUCCUUCCACUCCAAGAGCCCCCGUCCAAGGGUCCCGUGAACACGGUCGUGAGCCGCAGCGGUCCUCUCCAACUGUUAGUGGUUCCGGAUAAAGAAGGAGUAGCCAACGGGCAGCUUUACUGGGACGACGGAGACAGCAUUAACACCUAUGAGGAGAAAAAAUAUAGCCACAUUGAUUUCAUUGUGAAGAACAAUGAGCUACAGAAUAUUAUACAGUGGUGGGGAUAUGGGGUCCCGUCUCUCAAUUCUAUUUCCAUACUGGGGAUGAAGCCAUUAAAAUCUUUAACCAUUAACGACAUCCCAACCAAAUACACUUAUAUCAACAAAACUCAAGUUGUUACUAUCUCUUCCAUAAAUCUGCCAUUAGAUAAAACGUUUCGUGUCAAAUGGACCUUCCAAAAAACGGGAAAAAUAUAA